AGUUGUAACAGCUAAUUCUGGUAAAAUGAUGAACGUAAAUAAACACUCAUCUUCUUUGUAGUGCCUGUUUUCCCUCCUUCUUUGCUCCUCGACACAGCCACAUAUUGGAAUUUUAUCCAAUAUCGUACCCAUGGUCUUGAAGGCUUAUUUCAAGGGCAAGGCAAACACCAUUAUAUUGGAGAGCUUUAUUGGAAAAAGUUGCUAAGAAGUAGUAAAUUGAGCAUUUUAUAAACUAGAGUUGUAGCGAAUGGAUUUGAUAUACUUUGAUAAGGCUAUAAAAAUGUGAAACGGCUUCUUCGUUCGUAUUAUGCUGUCUGUGCAGUAACUUAUAGCGUUUAUUAAAAUGACAUUUUAAUUUGAAGUGGAUUAUUCUGUCAUUCAAGGACAUGACUAUAAGUAGUAUUUGCAGCAAUCUUUGGAGAAAGAAGACAGUCAUCACCUCAAAUCUACAUGAUUCAAAACUUAAAAGAUGUCUUGGACUAUUAGAUUUAAUUGGUCUAGGAAUUGGGUCAUCAUUGGGAGUAGGUGUUUAUAUCAUGACGUCAUACGCUAUAAGCAAAGAUGCAGGUCCGUCGUUUGUUAUUUCCGUGAUCAUCGCUGGAUUGGCAACUUUGUUUGCAGGGUUAUGCUAUGCAGAAUUUAGUGCGAGAUUACCAAGGGCCGGCUCGUCAUAUUACUAUACAUAUGUAACACUUGGUGAAUUUUGUGGCUUUGUGAUUGGCUGGAAUAUGAUACUAGAGCAUAUUAUAACAACAUGCAUUGCAGCGAAAGCUUGGAGUCAGUACUUAGAUUACAUGCUAAAUGGAACAAUAAAGAGUGUUAUAGAUGAAAAUAUGUCAUGGAACGGAGGUGAAGUAUGGGGAGAAUCUCCAGAUAUUGUUGCAUUCCUUAUUAUUUUAGUAAUAACGUUGAUAGUCGCAAUGAAGGCAAGGCUAUCAACGGUUUUAUUGAUGGUGCUGACGUUCUUUAAUAUUCUGAUAGUGAUGUGUUUUGUUUGUAUCGGCUAUUUCCAUGUCAAACACGACAACUGGACAGAACCUCCUGGUUUCUUUGCCCAUGGUUUCACAGGUGUGCUAAGUGGUGCCUCAACAUUGAUUUUCACCUUUACAAACAUUGAGGCUAUUACAUCAGCGAGCGAAGAGGCGAAAGAACCAACGCGAGUAACUUCGUCUGCGAUAACAUACUCAAUAUUUAUAUGCUCGAUUGUUUAUUUCUGCAUUUCAACUUCUGCAACCUUAUCCUUACACCAUUUUCCUGAAGACUCAUUGAUUGCUCUUCCUCACGUGCUAAGCAAUUUGCAUAUUCAUGGCGCUAGCUCUGUAAUUGCUGUUGGUGGACUAAUUGGAUUACUUGCGUCUUUGAUUGGGAGUUUAUUUUAUUUGACACGACAGGUGUAUUCAAUAUCAAAUGACCGAUUAAUAUUGAAAUGCUUGUCAAGAGUGUCGAGCAAAUGGAAUAUUCCGGUGUACAGCGUAAUAUUAUUAGGCCUUGUAUCAGCAAUUAUUUCUUUAGUUCUUGAGUUUGAAAUACUUUUACAAGUAGUGUCUAUAGGGACUUUAUUGUCCUACUCAGUGUUAGCAGUAUCUGUGAUAUGUGUUAGGUAUCAGCCGGGCACAGUUGGCCUUUAUGUAGAAUAUGAGGAUCCCGAUGAUAUUAACUUCAUGCAAUGUACGGAUUUCAAUUACUCUCAUUUACAAUUAGAUGCAAAUAAAUCAAAUGUUUCAGCGGAGGAAAGGUUUCGAGGCUGUGAUAAAAUUCCAAAACAUACCAAUGGUUACUCAACGGGCGCAUCAGCAUUAAUACGAAAGAGUGUCUCGUUUGAUGAUAAAUAUAGACUUGACAGAAUGUCAGAGCAAACAAACUAUUAUCAAAGCCCACGUGAUAGCACUUAUACGAGACUAGACAGUGUCGUAAGUAGUACAUCUAAUGGAAAUGUUAGUGGAUUACUUCGUUUGCCAUCAGAUAUAGUUCUUGAACCAACUGAAUCAACAUGGAAAACUGCUGCGAUAGGAUUGUUAAUAUACAUCACGUGUUCUUGUGUACUCAGUAUCAUAACAUUGUAUGCCGAGUUCCUCUUGCAUUUGGACAGCUGGUGGAUGUUGCUCAUUAUAUUUGUGUUUAGUAUUUUACUUAUCUCAGCGACUGUUUUAAUUGUACGGCAACCAGAAAAUCGGACAAAACUGUAUUUUCGGACACCAUAUGUCCCAUUCAUACCAUUGUUAGCAAUACUGAUCAACGUUUUCCUCCUGGCAUCUCUGUCGUUCAUGUGCUGGAUUCGCUUUUUACUGUGGAUGGCCUUAGGUCUUCUACUAUACUUUGGCUAUGGUUACAGAAACAGUUUGGAAUAUCAAACAGACGAACAGGAAGUCGUGUUAUAUGAAAUUACAGAUGAAUCAAAUGCUCAUUGAAAAUCUUCUUAUUGUUCCGAGCAGCACACCUCAAGAUCUGUGUUAUUUUUGAUUUGAAGAGUUUUGAACUUGAAAAGCUUUAUUAUUAACCUAAUUGUUGCAACGUGUUCAGAUUCGGCGAUUUUAAGCUAGGCUAAGGCAUUACAUAUCCAUAGAAAUUGCCUGUAACUUGUCAGAAUAUGCAGAAAUACAUCUUUUUGCCUAAAAUAUGAAUUAAAUUAAAUGAUGUUGAAUAAAGCGCAAUCCCUAAAGAACGCCAAAACGGCACAAUUGAAAAUGAUGCUGCCUUAGUUUAAUUUCGCCUUCAAUUUUUAAACAAUAGUGAAGUUUGAAAAAAAAAAUACUUAAAAGAUUGUUUAACAUUGCUUUUAUGGAGCUGUUGCGCAAGUAAAAAUUGCACAAUAAAUAUUUCUACAUACACAUCUAAAAUGCUAUGAAAAAAUCGAAACUUUGUUUAUAGCAUUAAAAUUCAACAUAUGUUUUAGAUUUUAUUAAAUAGCCUAGGUUCAUGUUUAAUAGUUUAUUACUGUAACAGUAUUCUAGUUGAAAUAUACAUUCAAAUUGAACUAAAAUGCAAUAAAUCUAUGUUAGUACUGUUAGUACAUACUUGCUUUUAUGUUAUU